CACGGCCUCGGCUGCAGCAGAAGACACAUGGGAUAUCUACAAGAUGUCCAAAAUUCUCCGUGUCCUUACAUUGCUGUCUCUAGGCUACGUUAUUGCCGUUUGGGAUGCUCAUGCUUACGAUGAUGUUCACACUAGACUCGUUGGUGGGGACCAUAAGUGCUCGGGAAGGGUUGAAGUGUAUCUUGGUAAUCAUUGGGGUACAGUGUGUAACCACGGCUGGGACCUGAGGGAUGCAGCUGUGGUGUGUCGAGAGCUUAGCUGUGGCUUUGCGUACAGCACCUCGCACGCCUUCCGCUUCGGCAGGGCCAGCGGUGAGGUAGUAUGGAGGAACGUGCGGUGCUCGGGUGACGAAUUCAGUCUAGACCUGUGCGAACGCACCCUUAACGACGGGAUUUGCUUGCAUAAUGAGGACGUCAGUGUAGAGUGCACAGUAGAGAUUCACACUCCGCAGAUUUGGUAUAACACUUCAGCAGAAGCUCCGUCAGGAUGGGUGCUCAAAGGUCAGAACUUCAAUGUGACCUGUUCUACUCAGCAAGGUUACCCAGGUGGCUCCUUCCAGCUGCGUUUCAUACGUCCCAAUGGAACGGUGCGCCACACUUUGCCCGCUCUCUCUAAUUCUGUGACCUUCACUUUCUCCAAUGCCCAGUCCUCAAACGAAGGCUACUAUUGCUGCCUGUACAAAGUGCAGGUCGGAGGCCGCAUGUUCAUUUCCAGGGAGAGUCAACCUCUCCCGAUUUCAGUCAAAGGAAUCACAAAGUUUGAGUAUUUCAAUUUCAAGGAUCUUAACAGCGCAGACAAAUAG